AUGUCCGAAAGCGAACUUGGUGCUCGUGAGGGAGUUCGCGGCGCUCGCGUUGGGCACGAGGGCCAUAUGCACCCCGAGGGCGCGAAGCUGCUUCUGAGCUCUGCCGCAGCUGAGGAGGAACUGGAGCAGAAAAGAGCACACCUGCUGGAAGGGAUCCCCAUUUUGUCGGCAAGCCCUUCUGUGAGCAGUUGUCAGCGUCGCUGCCUGGCAUUUCUGCGCACCAUCAUAUUCCUCGCGGCGACCGUGGGCAUACUUUGGGUGCAAUGUUGGUUUUGCGAAUCGCUGCUCGGGCGACAUGGCAGGUUGUGCAUUUUCGUGCGUGCGUGUAUUUCAAACGCCCGCCCGUGCCAAACGGUGAAGCCUUCACGGUGA